AUGCGGAUCCGGAUCAGGGGCCCGUCUGGCCAAUCCACUGUUUCCCUACAAGAAAGUGCAACAAUUGGUGACCUUCUUGAUCAAAUUAAAGAAAAUACUUCUUUACCUGUUUUCGACAUCAGACAUGGAUAUCCACCAAAAUCGCUGGCUCUAGACCAGUUUGGUCGACAAUCAAAAGUCACAGACAUCGGUGUCGACCUAAACGGAGAGCAGCUCAUCAUCAUCAAAAGGAACGAUUCUACAAUUAGCGACACACAACCCAUUUCUACCCAAGCCCCGGAAGUUACUACCACCCAGCCCUCCAACUCGUCGGAGCAACGGCCAAAUUUCCCAUCAUCGAAGCAAAAGGUUACGCGUAGCGAGGAUGACCCGCCAGAGAUUCCCUCCCCGAAUCACGGCGGAACCAUUGUCCUUCGUAUUAUGCCGGAUGAUAAUUCAUGUCUCUUUCGGGCGGUCGGAAGCGCCGUUCUAGGUGCUAUGGAUACAAUGACGGAGCUACGAUCGAUUGUUGCCCAGACAAUCCACGAGCACUCGGAUGUCUAUACCCGAGCCGUUCUCGAACGGAGCCCCGACGACUACUGUCGAUGGAUUCAGAGCGAAGAGGCUUGGGGUGGCGGUAUCGAGCUGAGCAUCCUCAGUAAACACUUCGACAUCGAGAUAUGCUCCAUUGAUGUCCAAACGUUGCGUAUCGAUCGUUUUAACGAAGGUCGACCAACAAGAUGCAUUGUAGUAUACUCCGGGAUACAUUAUGAUACUAUCGCUCUCUCGCCCUCGGAUCCCCCUUUCAAUCAUGCGUAUGCCUCUCCCGAUUUUGAUACAAAGAUUUUCGAUUCGGCAGAUCAGGUUAUUUUAGAAAAGGCUGUGGAGCUGUGUCGCAUCCUACAACAACAACAUUAUUACACGGACACUGCAAAGUUUCAGGUCAAGUGUAGUGUUUGCGGGGGGGUGUUCAUUGGAGAGAAAGGCGCAGCUCGCCACGCCUCAGAAACAGGACACUACGAUUUUGGCGAGGCCAGCUGA